AUGAAUCGCAGUUGGAUGAAUGCUAAUCGUUUGAGUGAAGAGUAUGAAAAGGGAGUUGAGGAGUUUUUACAAUUUGCUUUAAAAAAACUUCCUGAAAGUAAAGGAAGGUUUUAUUGUCCUUGUGUUAUUUGUUUGAAUGAAAAUACAUUACAUUUUGAGGAAAUACGAAGUCAUCUUAUUUGUUAUGGGAUUGACAUGAACUAUAUCAGAUGGAUAUGGCAUGGUGAUUCGUUAAACAUGUCAAAUACCUCAGAAAGAGAGGAUGCUAAUGUAGAUAUGAACGAUCAACUAGAGCACAUGAUACGUGAUGUUGGACAAGAGUCCUUUAAUCGUGCACAUGUAUAUGAUAAUUUGUGCAGUGACAAAGAAGAGCCUUUGUAUCCGGGAUGCAUUAACUUCACACGGUUGUCUGCGGUAUUGAGAUUGUUCAACUUGAAGGCGAGAAAUGGCUGGACAGAUAAAAGCUUCACUGAAUUACUUGAAUUGUUGAAAGAAAUGCUCCCAGAAGGUAACAAAUUUCCGAAUCGUAACUAUGAGGCAAAGAAGUUAUUGUGUCCACUGGGCAUGGAGUAUAGGAAAAUACAUGCAUGCCCUAAUAACUGUUUAUUGUAUAGAAAUGAGUUUGAGGAGUUGACUAAGUGUCCUAGGUGUGGACUAUCACGCUACAAAAUGAAGGAUGGUGAUUCCAUUUAUGACGAAAGCUCAAAGAGACCUCAUGCGAAGGUGUUAUGGUAUCUUCCAAUAGUUCCAAGGUUCAAACGUUUGUUUGCUAAUACAAAUGAUGCAAAGAGUGUAAGAUGGCAUGCCGAUGAGAGGAAGUGUGAUGGACAACUUCGUCACCCAGCUGAUUCUUUGCAAUGGAAGAAAAUUGAUGAUUUGUACCCGGAGUUCGGAAGUGAGCCAAGGAACCUUAGGCUUGGACUUGCUACAGAUGGAAUGAAUCCAUAUGGAAACUUAAGUAGUAACCAUAGUUCAUGGCCUGUUCUACUAGUUAUCUACAACCUACCUCCUUGGAUUUGCAUGAAGCGUAAAUACAUCAUGUUAUCUAUGAUGAUUUCAGGUCCAAAACAACCUGGAAAUGACAUAGAUGUUUAUCUAAGUCCAUUGAUUGAAGAUUUGAGAAUGCUUUGGGAAGGUGUUGAUGUGUUUGAUGGGUAUUCUCGUGAAUAUUUUAAGAUGCGUGCAAUGCUAUUUUGCACCAUCAAUGACUUUCCUGCAUAUGGAAACUUGUGUGGCUAUAGUGUUAAGGGACACAAAGCAUGUCCUAUAUGUGAAGAAGGAACAUGA